AUGGCCACUUUCCAGAAAAAAAUUGUGAAACAAUAAUGAGAUUUACGACAAAUAACAACUUUAGAGUUGAUUUUAGGUCAUAAUAAUAUGAUAAUUUAAUUUGAAUGAAGCCAUAAAUUGAGCUGUCCAGGAGGAAAAAGAGGGUCGGUGACGGUGCAUCAGUGCGUUUUAUUGCGAAAGGGUUGGAGCUUCAGAAGCUUGUAGGUGCAGUCAGUUUCUGUGUUUCCUUGGCUUGCUAUCGGUCGUUGCCGUUGCCGAGCGAGUAUCAUCACAUCACUGACGAGAGCAUUGAGAUUCAAAUGACAUGCACUCUCUGCUCAAAGCCUAAGUUGGUUUUACCGCAGAUCUGGAGUAAGUGGCCGUGUCAACAUGUCUAAAUCCAUCACCAAUGACGAGAAAUUGAAGCAGAAUUUGAAGGAUCAACUCUCUCGGCUUAUGAAUGAAUUAGUUGACCUCGAUGAAUGCAAGGAUGAUUUUGAAGAAGAAGAAUACAACCAAGCUAGAGUGGAUGUCCUGGAACAAAUUAGAGAAUUUGAAGAACGAUUAAAAAAGAUUGUCGCAGGGGAUCUAUCAGUCAUAGAUGAUCUCACUGCUGUCCUCUUGGCAACUCGGGCCGCUGUAGGACAGUCUUUCAAAACUCCAACAGUUAUAAAAAUGUUCGCUGGAAGAGAGGUGGAACAACUCCGAGCUAGAUUGGUGGCAAUUGAACGAGAUUUAAAGCUAGACGCUAGUUCAUUUGAAAAGAAAAAACAAGAAAAGGUUGAAAUCCUUAGUGCAUUGCAAGCUCUGAAAGUACCUUUGUCUCAGCAGGAGUUAGGUUUUUUGAAAGAACACUCGAAAUUAGAUGGUUUUGCAGGAAGCGGAUGUGAGUUUGUUCAAGCAUCACAAAAAAUUGUCGGGGAAAAAGCAGUUAGUUUGGCAGCUCAUGAAAUUCAAAAUGCUAUGAAGAGUUGAGAUUCCCAUUGUCAUCCAGAACUCUAAAAAUUAUCAAAGUGACAUUUUAGUCACAGCUAAUUCUAAUUUGCCUCACACAUUGAAGCUUUGCUUGCAUAAGUCUUGGCAUUCUACGAGCACCGUAAGUUUUAGUUGCAAGUACUAUAUUUUAAGAUGUAUGUAAUUUACCAUAAUUUGUACUUUUUCUACAUUAAUUAUUUUGAUGUCUUUUAACUCCAAUUACCUCAACAUGUAACAGGUUUUACAAUUAGAUUGAUUCUAUUCUCUUCAAAAAUACUCAGAAGUCACUUUGAAAAAAUCAAUGGCUUAGAGGGCGAAAAAUGCAAAUCUCAGAAUGCAUGAGUAUUGUAACCGAAAAAUCUUGAAAUUGAAGAAAUGGACAGUAGCUUUUUUUUUAAUAAAGCGAUUCAAUCAAGAAUGCAUCUGUUGUAAAUGUCUCUUCUUAGCUGUGAUAUUUAUUUUAAAACAUUUAAAUUCAAUGCAAAUUGACUUUGCAAAGCAAACAGUUGUGUUGAGAUUCUAAAUUGGCUUAUUUGACAGAAAAAUCUAUCCAGUCCGAAUCAUAGAUGGAUAUAUUCGAGACCAUCUGUAUUCUUUUGAAAAAUUAUCUUUCUUCCAAUGAUAUUUUAUUUUCUACUUUUUGGUUGGAAUAUAUUCUGGAAAUUUUUGCAGCUCCAAUAAUUUUUUUGAGAUUUUGAUUGACAAUCAAUUCUAAUUUUUAUACCAUUUGCAACUCUGACUAAAGUGUAGUGAAAUUCAAAGUCAAUUUUGUGUGAAAUUUUUUAUUUAAGACCUCUCUGUUGUAGAGACUGUUUUGUCUGUAAAUAUUCCUGUGACGAUAGACACUUAUGUCUUUCCAUCGUUUGAUUUUUGUUUGUUAACAAGUAUAAAAAUUUGUUCAUUUUAAGAA